AUGGUGCUUGUUGGAAAAACUGGAUCUGGAAAAAGUGCAUCAGGAAACACCAUCUUAGGAAGAAAGGGUGCUUUUGAAUCUAGAUCAUCUUCAAGCUCGGUAACUUCAGUGUGUCAGAAGGAAACAGGAGAGUUUGAAGGUCAAAAACUGGCUGUGGUCGAUACUCCCGGUCUGUUUGAUAAUGUUAAAACUGAAGAGGAAAUGAAGACAGAGAUCAGGAGAAUCAUCUCGUAUGCUGCUCCUGGUCCUCAUGUGUUCCUGGUUGUGAUCCGUGUGGACAGAUUCACAGAGAAAGAACGAGAAACAGUGAGAAUCCUUCAGCAGAUGUUUGGAGUCCACUUAGCAGGAUACACCAUGGCCUUGUUCACACGUGGAGAUGACCUGGAGUGUGGGGGAGUCACCAUAGGAAAUUUCAUCAGGGAAAAUCGAGCUCUCCAAGACUUCAUCCAUCAGUGUGGAGGAGGAUAUCAUGUUUUUAACAACUGA